CGCCACUCUCCACAGCAAUCCGACCACACCGCAUUCACGGCCGGGUAUCCUGUUGAACUUGAGGGGGAGUAGAGAUUAGCAGGUAGACAGGUUCCACCUUUUGUGGAGCUGGCACUGAUUGAGGGCUUUGCCUCUUUCAGACACUAUUGGUUGAUUCUGCAAGGAGGUCACGAUGGAUCGACCGGGCUGGCGUUCAGAAACAUACUUUGUAAAGCCACUUGUCCUAUGCGUGUAAACAUUUUUGAAAUGUACGAGCUUCAACGGGGUUUCUCGAUCGAAGGGGCAUGGACCAGCUACAUCGCCCGCUAUCAUGCUCCUGCGCGUAAGCGAAGGGAUUGAGGCCCUUUGCUUGAUUUCUUGGACGUCCAAGUCGAAGGCUGUCUCCCAAUAGCAGUAUGGGUUUCUGGUCGUAAGUCGUGCAACGCACGCAAUGGCUCUGACAUGGGCCGCCUGCCUACAGUUUCCGGAGGUGCUCUCUGUAGCACCAUCAGUGUUCGGAGGGGGGCCUCGGAAACCCAACGCAAACCUCAGCCCCCGUCGUUGUAGUACCAAAGCUGAUGGCUGUUCUUCCUUCAUGGGAACUUCUUCUAAUUUUGUCAUGCGUUUUACUUCUACAAGGAGCAAUGCCCAAUUGAAGCCCAGCUCUGCUCUCACAAAUACACCCUACUGCAAUCCCGUCGCUUCCAAUGAGUUCGUGGGAGUUGCGAAUACAAUUGGGCUCCCAAGUCAACAUUGGCGGGAAACUGUAGCGCAGGGCCAGGGAAACAGUCACAAGAACCACAGAUCUUUCAGGCAUCGCUCAUUGAGCAAUGCGGGCAGUAGCGCGAAGCAGAGAUCUCCCAGCGUCCGUUGCUCGUCGAGCUCCGACAGCAGCGACAAGCAGACGCCGCCAGGGACUAUGAGCGACGGCGGCGCGGCGUUCUUCGAGAGCCUCUUGGAGACGAGCCGGAAGCCGCCGCUCGGGCUGGAAGUCGAGGAGCUGAAACUAGACGCGGAGAAGAACAAGGAUGAGGGCUUUGGCGACGAGGAGACGCGGGAAGAUGCCGCGGUUCUGGGGUUGAAGCAUGGGUGGAACAAAGACGGGGGGGAGGGGAACGGGGCUUCGGAAGCGGAGUUACAGGGUGCCGAGGACGGGGGUAGAAAGAACGGAAGUGGCGGUGCCGCGCCAGGUGGCAGCCACUCAUUGGCUGCGGGGCAGAAGGAGGGAGAAGUAGGUGGUGGAGCUAACGGAGGCCAAAGCGCAAAGUUGGGUGCGACAGUGGGCUCAGGCGGGGGGUCAGGAAGCUCGGGGUCAGUCCCCCCUCCGGACGAUGUUUUCUACGUGGUGGAGAGUUCGAAGGAUGCGGGCGUGGAUUACCUGGGGGAGAGCACCAAGUUUGAUAUGAAUAUGCGGGACAUACGGACACCAUGGCUCCGCAAGUUCGAUGACGUGGAUCUGAGCUCUGAGAAGGAAGCAGCCGCUGAGGCGGAGAAAGCAGAGAACAUGCUCCGGAACUUGGGACUGCCGACGCACUUCCCGCAGGGGCAGGCGUCGCGCGGCAUCUUCUGCAGCCGCACCGUCAAUCUGCGCUCCAUUACGACCAUAGGCUAUGACAUGGACUACACGCUUAUACACUACAACGUGCGGCAGUGGGAGGGGCGAGCGUAUGAGUACGGCAUGGAUAACCUGCGGCGGCUGGGGUACCCCGUUGAGGGUCUGGAAUUUGACCCGGACCUGGUAAUUCGGGGCUUGAUCAUGGACAAGGAGCGGGGCAAUCUGGUGAAGGCGGACCGGUUCGGGUACGUCAAGAGGGCCAUGCACGGGACGCGCAUGCUCAGCAACCGGGCAAUCAGCGACGUGUACGGGCGGGAGCUGGUGGACCUGCGCAAGGAGGGCCGCUGGGAGUUUCUGAACACUCUGUUCAGCGUGAGCGAGGCAGUCAUGUACAUGCAGAUGGUCGACCGGCUAGACGAGGGCCUCUUACCUCCCGACGUUGGGCGCACCGAUUACCAGGGCCUGUAUCAGGUCGUCGCGAAGGCCCUGUUCCGAGCGCACGUUGAGGGACAGCUCAAAGCGGAAAUUAUCAACGACCCAGAGCGUUACGUCGAGUUGGACCCCGACCUACCCACCACGCUGUUGGACCAGAAGCAGGCGGGGAAGCGAUUGCUGCUGAUCACUAACAGCGACUACCAGUACACCAGCAAAAUGAUGUCGCACUCGUUCGACCGGUUCCUGCCGAAAGGCAUGGUCUGGCGGGACCUCUUUGACAUGGUUAUCAUCUCGGCACGCAAGCCCGACUUCUUCCAGAAGAACCAUCCCUUGUACGAAGUGGUCACGGAGGAUGGGCUUAUGAGGCCGUGCUUCAAGGCAGUCUCAGGUGGGCUCUACUGCGGCGGGAGCGCUCACAUGGUCGAGAAGGCGCUCGGAUUCUCGGGCGACGAGACGAUGUACGUCGGCGACCAUAUCUACACUGACGUCAGCGUGUCGAAAGUGCACCUGCGCUGGAGGACGGCUCUCGUGUGCCGGGAACUAGAGCGGGAGGUGGACGCGCUGGCGUGCGGGCGUGCGCACCGCGAGCGGCUGGUGCAGCUGAUGAACCAGAAGGAGCGCGUGGGGGAUCUGUUCAACCAGCUGCGGCUGGCGCUGCAGAGGCGGGGCAACGGGCGGGACGCACAGACGCACGAGGCGACGGCGCUGAGCGAGAAGGAGCUGACGAAACAGAUGACGACACUCCUGCUGCUGAUGGAGCAACUGGACAAGAAGAUCGUGCCGAUGCUUGAGGUCGACGGAGAGUACUUCAACAAGAGGUGGGGCUACCUAUCAAGAGCCGGGCUAAAUGACAAGAGCCAUCUAACACGCCAGAUCGAAAAAUACGCUGACAUUUACACUUCCCGAGUCUCCAACUUCCUGCGCUACACACCGUUCAUGUACUUCAGGUCACCUAACCAGUCCCUUGCUCACGACCGGAGCGAACUCUGGCCCGAGAGCAGCCUCCCCCACAAGCCGCCCCCCCCAGAAGAAAACGCCGCCUCGUGGGAAGCCAUUGCUUUCUCCGGAGAACCAGGAGAUCUGCUAAUUGCAGCCGAUGAGCGGCAAAGAGUCGCCACUGGGGGGUGAAAAACGUCGCUCUUUGGAGCGGGGGGAGGAGCUUUGUGUGUGUGUGAACAGAUUUGUUCUGUACCUGCGAUAGAACAACAAUGAUUAUUGUUUGCCAUCCGUCGGCGAGGUUGCUGAUUCUGGCAAGAUGGAGGACGACUCAACAACCAUUUUUAACCCUAAGCACAACCUACAUGAGAAUCGACGCUGUGGAAGGGGUCGGCGGCUUGAAGCAAGAAGUACCUUUUCUAUGUUUGCGGAUGCCGUUUUGAGAAGUCAGAUUUAGCGGGCCAAUCUUGCUUACACGACGUAAAGGUUGGUGUUGACUCGAGACCUGUUGCUAUUUUUGCAAACCGCUUGUGGGCAUCGCAGUCAGUCAACGGGCUGACGCCUACAGCUUGUACAGCUUCAAUUCAAUAAGAAGGUCUCGUGUGGUAUUGCUCAGCGUCCACUCUUGAUUGACAACAAAGCUCCGACAUGACGGUCAGGCCCGCAUAAGCACUUUCAAGCCGGCACAGAACUUCAGUGAUG